AUGGCCGCUAGUAUAUUCAGUUCAAACAGAGAAAAUUCAAUGAAUGACAGUCAAGAAAAGAAUUCAUGUCCAUUUAUUCGAGUUGUAACGCAUAAAAAUGGUAUACUCGUUCAUUUAGGCCAACUAGUCAGUUUAUCUGAGGAUCAGAAAUCAUUUAUUAUGCGUAAUGUGAUCAGUUUCGACCCGUUACGAGUACAUGAACGAACAAUUUCAACAUUAAAACCAGCGGAAAUUCUUGCACUCACUGAAUCUAAACUUCAAAGUCAACAUGGUAAACGAGGAAAUUUAUUAUCUGAUUAUUUACAAAAUCAAAUGAUGUUUAAUACUUCAGAGAAGUAA